UCAAAGCUCGCGCAUGCGAAUCGGGAAAAUCGGCCGACUCCGAUCGGAAUAUCAUUACGACUCGCGAUCGAUCAACCGGCAUUUUCUUGCCCGCCACUCUGGAUACGGUUUCAAAUCGCUAAACGUGCCAAGUUCCUUGAAAAUGUGCGAAAAUCGCUGAAUUAAACAACGCUCUCAUGUGACGUAUGCGUAAUGUGACCACAGUGCGGAUAAAUUUAAUAAUAUACUUACCUGAGUAUAAAUAGAUACGACUAUACGGUGUGUCAUUGUCUAGGAAUUUUGUGUUUCGUCUGCAAAAUGUGCAAAGUUUUUUACUGUUUACAUGGCGAAAUUCCAAGAGUUCCUGAGUCAUUGGCUAAGACGAAGAGAGAUUAGAUAACCAUCGACCAACCUUCUCGGGAAUAUAGAAAGUGGGACUUACACUAGUUUCACAAAUGUAUGCAAGAGUUUUGAAAAUGCAAAAAGAUUGACAAUAAUCUUCUAUUUAAUUAAACUUCGUUCAUAAAUUAAUAAAUUAAAUUUGUUUCUAAGUCAAAUAGAAUUUAGAACCAUCAAAAUACAUAGGUGUUUUAAAAAUUAAAAAAAAAACUGUUGGUUUUGAUAACCUAAACCAUUUGUUGAAAAAAGCCUCUUGCAUAUACUUUAAAUGAGUGAUUAUAUUAAAAGAUCAAAGAAUUGUAAGCCAAUUUGUACUCAAGUAAAACUCUUCGCACAAAAACUUCAAAAACGAAACAAAAACAAAGCUUAAACCAAUGAAAGUUAUGUGUGAAGAAAAUUAAAAUAAUAAAUAUAAAUAAGUGUUUUUUUGUAAAGCGUCCAACGCCGGCUCUGUAGAUGUAUUACGAAAACGAAUUUAACGAAAAGGCAUAAAGGAAAAAUCCACAAAGUACGUGCUAUAAAAAGUGAAAAAAAAGGGCAGAACGAACGAGGAAUUCGGCGCAAGAAGCUGGCCAAAAUCAACUUGAAAGGAUUUGCAGCUGGAACUGCAUCCAUCCAGAUAGAGAUACAGAUUCAGCUGCAUACACCCUUACCGAUACAGAUACGGAUACAUACAUGAGGCAGCCAACGAACCACAAAAGAUACAUGCCAUGUUCCCACUAACCAACCGCUCUUCGAGUGGCAAUCGCACCAACAACAGUACGAACAACAACAAUCAGACCACGAGCUUUAUAAUCGGAGGUACCAGCAAUAUUAACAACAACAACAACAACAACCAGAUCGGUGGCACCAGCAACACUAAGGAUAAAGGAAAUUUUGAAAAUAAUUGGAGCUGCAAUAAAACAACCGGUCGUCGAUCUGGAAGUGGAAAUAGCUGCAGUUUUUUAGGUAAGUUUCGAUUUAAACUAAUGUCUUCCGGCAUUUUACUUUAAUUAACACUUGUAAGUAAAUAUGAUAUUUAAAUAGACUCAAGCAGAACCUUAAGGUAAAUAAAGUCA